AUGGCAGCAACGAGCCACCCGCCCGCAACGCUGCCGCCCCCAAGCACGCAACCCUUCCGGCACAGCCGCAGCCCCUAUGGCGGAGCGCCGGAGCCCUACGGCGACCCCUACGCCUCUGGCGAUUCUUAUCGGCAUCAUACACAUCACGCAGGUCCCUACCCGCCUCCACAUCCGCCUCCUGGGGGAGGUUUCCCCCGGGCGGAAUCGACGACGCGCGUGUACAUACCCUCCACGGUGCACGUGGCGCCGCCCAAGAUCCAGAUGCAGCCCUGGGCCCGCAAGUGCUGGCGAUGGCUGGUGGAUAACACGACCGGAGUGGCGCGAGUGGACCUCAGGAGGCCCACCCCAGUGUACGGCCCAGUGUACGGCCAGACCUACCCAGCAGCUUCUUCCCCGACGGGCACGUUGACUAUGGCCCGGCAGCCUCUCCUCAUGGGUAGGAGCGGGGGGGCUAAGGAAAGCGGGAAGCCACUGCUGGAUGUGGGCAUGGGCAUUAACCUGGAUGUGGACCAGCAGGAGAUCCAGCCCGUGGCACGGAUCAAGAUCAAGGAUCUUGUGUCGAUCAAGGUGGCUCCCAUGGCGUUGCUGAAGAUCAGCCGCAGCAUUCCGCUGGGCCCAGUUGCGCUCAAGUGCAUGUCCAUCAGCCCGCAACAAUGCGCCGUCCAGGUCCUGCAGUUCGGCAGCUCUGUCAGCCUGCGCACCUCCGCCUCCCUGCUCUUCCCGCGCCAACUGCCGCUGGAGGCCCGCACUAUCCUGACUUGCUACGCCAGGACGGCAUACUCAUCAGAUGGAAGCAAGAGAGGGCAAAUAUUACCCUUUAAGGGGAGUGUUGUGGUGGAGGUGCUGAGGAUGAGAGGGGCUCACGGGGUUGGCCAAUGGGUCCCCAGAUAUCGAUACAAAGAAGGGGUCAUCAAAUAUCCGGACGUCUAUUACAUUUGCAUAAACAGCUGCCCCGCAUGGCGGACCUGGUAG